AUGAUGCAGCUUGCAGCUUGGUAUCAGAAAAAAAUAAGCUCAUAUGAUAAAGAGGAAUGGGAGACAAUGGUGGAGCAACUUUUGAUGCGUGGCACAUAUCGGCGUCGUAUUGUUGACUCAUUCUCCACACAUGCUCGAUCUUAUCUUAUUGAUGUGGAUUUGGUCAGAGGUUCAUCAUUCCCAAAAGCAAAACCUACCCUUGGUAUGCGCCGAGUAGUAUGGUUUGCAUUAGUGCGGUUGGUAUUUUUACCAGCACUGUAUCAAUGGUGGGCUCAGCAAACAUCCCCAGCUUGUUCUAAGUUCUUACUAAGCUUGUGGAUUUUACAAGUACUGAAUAUGACUCUAUAUUUUGUAGCCCCUAGUUCCCUGGAAAUGGAUGCUAACUGUUGGGUUCUACCUUUGGCUCUGAUGCUGGUGCUGAGUGUGGUGCAUUCACAAAUCGUAAGUACUACAGAAAUGGAGGUUGCUCGUGUACGUCCACGAUCCACAUAUCGAAGGAAACUGCCUCGAUACUUUCGAAGAUCCAGAUCGGAUUGUGAUGGAGGAAGUGGUGUGGGAUCGGCCGAAAGUGGAGCUACCUCCAGUCAAAGCAAAACUCCGACUAAUAAACACACUAAAUUUCGAAGGCGACAAUCGAGAUCCGACAUUAUUGAGGCUGGAUUAAGAAAAAGAAAAAAGGAGUUGACCAAAGAGAAUCUCAUAAAGGAUCAAGAACUGCCCGCUAAAAACAAGUCUGAGAUUAAAAGUAAAGCGAAAGAUUCGGAUGACGAAGACUAUAUGGCGUGGAAGAAGCCGAAUCUGAAUGCACCUAUAGUGACGUUUACUCCGCCACCUGACGUCGCAACUCCUAGCUCGUCCUUUAGAUACAAGCCGAACAUAUUGACCAAAAAGUAUCUAGAAAGCUACAAUGUGCGCCACAACCCGCAAAAUAACGUUGGAAGGCCGAUUUUCGCGGAUGGGGACGACGGCUUCGAAAGCCUCAAUGGUUAUAACUCUAACGGUAGCGACGGAGAGACUAGAGCUAAAGAAAUCGACCGAGGGAAAUCAACACUCGCCAGUGUUGGCAGAGAAAAAACAAUUUCAGAAACGAACGCACCAAAUGUGACUGUCACUGAAGAGAACGACACAGAUACCGUCAAGGCGACGGAUGAAUUUAUAAAUAAAACUAAACCAGAGGACGACGAGAAAUCCAUCGAUCCAGACUCGGACGGCGGAAUUCUUAGAAACAGUGGUCCCAUAAGCAAGAGAAUCGGAGUGAGGUUCAGAAAGUCGUGGGCGAAUGUGACAAUGCCACCGGAAUCUAGCGAUGACGAUUUCAGCAACAUCAAGAAAAAGGAAAAGAAAUUAGACAAUUACCAGUCUUCGUCAUCCGAUGGGGAAUGUUCGGCUUCAGCGCCAUCUAUUGCACUGCCUUCGCACCAUACCAUGUCAGACUGGGUUGGGCAAAUCACUAACAGUGAAGAGAGCAGUUACUGCUCGCAGUCGGAAGGAGGUCACUCGGAUGUAGGUUUCCAUUACACUACAGACAGUGCAUGGGACCCCUUCACCAUUCUCGACCCCACCAGCGAUACAGUGAAGUGCACCAUGUGGGAGCGCGGCUCUACGCUGCGCGCCGAACUGUCCGCGGUGGACAUCAGCUGGUGCGUGGUGGCGCGCGCCGAAAGGGCGAUGGCGGCGCACGGCGCGCUCUGGCCCGGCCUUUUGAUGGCCGCACUGGUGGCGCUCGUUUGCCCCGCCAUCAGGCUGGUGCAGGUGGCCAUUGACCAGGACACGAGGAGUGAGGAGGAGUUGCAAUCUGUAUCCCUGCUGUCCUACAUACCGUCGCUGGUGGUCAACUACACCCAAGGCUCGCCCUAUUCCCUUUUCAGCGGAGGCUUCGGGGAUAAUGUAUGGGAGAUAACGACCAACACAUUGUCGUGCAUACUCCGCUUCGCGCUGAGCGGCCUCGUAUUCUUCCUACUGGCAGUGGCCGAGAGGGCUUUCAAGCAGCGUUUCCUAUACGCCAAGCUGUUCUCGCACCUCACGUCGGCGAGGCGCGCCCGAAAGUCGGAGCUACCCCACUUCCGCUUGAACACCGUCAGGAACAUCAAGACUUGGCUCUCGACCAGGUCGUACUUGCGACGUCGAGGGCCGCAACGAUCUGUUGACGUAAUAGUCUCUGCCGCGUUCAUGCUAACGCUAAUACUUCUGGCUUGCGUCAGCGCCCAACUGCUGCGGGACUCGCCGACGCUCGAGUGCGGCUGGCUGCUGGAGGCGAUGGUGUGGUGCUGCUGCCUCGGCAUCCACCUGCUGCGGCUGCUGACCCUCGGCAGCAACGUGAACCGCAAGUACCGCGGCUGCCUCUCCGCAAUACUCACCGAGCAGAUCAACCUGCACCUGGCCAUCGAGCAGCGGCCGGAGAGCAAGGAGCAGCUGACGGUCGCGAACAACGUGCUCAAGCUCGCCGCCGACCUGCUGAAGGAACUGGACGCACCUUUUAAGAUAUCGGGAAUAUGUGCCAAUCACUAUUUGUACACGAUAACCAAGGUGGUGAUACUUUCAGCGCUCUCCGGUGUCCUGUCAGAAAUGUUGGGCUUCAAAUUGAAACUGCAUAAAAUAAAAAUUAAA